AUGUGGAUUACAGAAGAAAGUGCCAUAUCUCAUACUAUUUUGAAUCAUUUUCAACAAUUAUAUCAUACUUCACAUCCACAAGGCAUAGCAGAUUGCUUAUAUCAGUUCCCAUCAUUGGUUACAUCAGAAAUGAAUGCUUCACUUACACAACCAAUCACUGCAGCAGAAAUAAAGAAGUCUGUUUUUUCUAUUAAUCCUUGGAAAGUACCAGGAAUUGAUGGUUAUACUUCUUACUUCUUUCCGUCAUAUUGGGAUAUUAUGGGGGAGUUGAUAAUUAAGGCAGUUCAAGAUUUUUUCAGCAAAGGUCACAUGUUGAGAAGCAUUAAUCAUAUUGUACUGGCUUUGAUUUCUAAGAUUAAAUGGCAUCAAAAGUAUCUGAUUUCAGACCAAUCAGCUUAUAAUGCUUUUGUCAAAGACAGAGUAAUUGCUGACAGUAUAUUGUUAGUUCAUGAGUCAUCUUCUCCAUCCAUAUUAAUGGCGAAAUUCAAGGCUUUUAUGCUCCAUCCAGAGGACUCAAGGGGAUCCUUUAUCCCCUUUGCUUUUGUCCUAUGUGCUCAGGGUCUAUCUUUUAUACUAGACCAAGCAGUUUUGGUUCAUCAUUUACAAGGUCUUAAGGUUAGUAGAAAUGGCCCUAUGAUAUCCCACUUACUGUUUGCAGAUGAUUUAAUAAUCUUCUCUGAAUGUAAUAUGGCCUCAGUCACUACCAUUCAAAAUCUAUUGCAUAGAUAUGCCUUAGCCAGUGGUCAAAUUAUCAACUUUGCAAAAUCUGAGAUUUUUUUCAGUUCUAACAGUCAAGAUGAUAUGAAAACUCAAAUUACGCACAGGUUCAAUAUUCAAAACCAGACUUCUCCUCAACCUUAUUUAGGCAUACCUACUUUCAUUGGCUCUUCUAAAACCUCAACUUUUAACUAUGUUAUCCAUAAGAUUCAACAUAGAUUAAAUGGCUGGAAGGAAAUAUAUCUUUCAAUAGGAGGUAAAGAAGUUUUGAUCAAAGCAAUCAUCAAUGCUAUACCAAUAUAUACUAUGAUGUGCUUCAAAUUACCGAAAGGUUUGUGCAACAAAAUCAAUCAAUUAGUGGUUGCAUAUUGGUGGGGUCAACAAGAAGAUGAAAACAAAAUAUUUUGGAUAGCUUGGUCUAAAAUGUGUGCAAGUAAGUGGUCUGGUGGCAUGGAAUUUAAAGAUUUUCAUUGUUUCGAUCAGGCUUUGUUGGCUAAACAAAUUUGGAGAUUGAUGCAUGCUUCUGAUUCUCUUAUGUUCAUAGUAGUAAAGGAUAGGUACUUUCCAAAUACAGACAUGUACAAAGCAUCUUUGAGAAAAAAAUCCUUCUUGGGGUUGGAGGAGUCUGUUUUUUGGCCUACAAUUACUCAAAAUAGGUUUGAGAUGGUUUUAAAUUUGAGAAAUACAGGAGGUUCAUCAUGGAAUGAGCUUAAAUUACAUUCUCUAUUUUCCCCUAAAGAUGUGGCUCUCAUUUUAGCUAUGCCAAUUCUAGUGUAUAAUUCAGAUGAUAGGCUAAUAUGGCAUCAUACCAACACUGGUGAAUAUUCAGUCAAAUCAGGUUAUCAUAUUGCUUUAAGUAAUGCUCAUUCAAAUUCAAGUCUAUUCAAUCUGUUUUGGCAACAAAAGAUUGGCAAAAUCUAUGGAAGAUUCAUAUCCCAAAGAAAAUUACAGUUUUCUUAUGGAGAUCCAUUUUAA